AUGCUGGGAUUUCGUCUUCUGCUCCUUGCUGGAGUCGUUAUUUCGGGUAAGUUCCAGUUUUCCGCGACUGCCAGAAUUUUUUUAGGCCUUUUUGUACCAGUAUUUUUUAGUGACUUCGCUGAGAAUCGCUGUUGUCGGCGAAGGUGUGAUCGGACUGAGCACAGCGACUGCGAUCCUCGAUUUGGCCGAAAAGGAGAAUAUUUCUGAUGUGGUUUGUGAUGAAGUAUCAUAUUUCUGCUAGAAAUUCCAUUUAGGAGCUCCAAAUUUUCCAUCACAAGCCCUUUGAGCGCAUUCUGAGCCGUCACAUUGCCGGACUGUUCCGCAUCGACAGCGGAUCGGAGAUCAACAAAAAGUACGGAUAUGACACGUUCGAAAAGUUGGCGACGUUGUGGAGGGAAUACGGAGGACUAAGCGGCGUGCAGCUCGUCUCCGGACACAUCCUCUCGGAUUCGAAGGCCAAGUUGGAUACACAACGUGUCAGCUACGGCAGUCUCGUCUACAAUUAUCGCGACUUGACAGAAGCCGAACUGUUCGGACCCACGUCUCUGUUCGAUCUUCCGCGCAACACGAGCACUCAUGGCAUUCACUACACGGCGUACACUUCCGAAGGACUCCGUUAUUGUCCGUUCCUGAAGAAAGAGCUGAUCGCGAAAGGAGUGCGGUUCACGCAGAGAAAGAUCAAUAAUCUCGAGGAGCUGGGCGCCGAAUUCGAUGUGGUCGUCAACGCGGCCGGAUUGUACGGAGGAGUGCUCGCCGGAGACGACAGUGGAAACAUGACUCCGAUCAGAGGAGUGCUCAUCAAGGUGGACGCCCCGUGGCACAAACACUUCCUUUACCGCGACUUUGAUACCAUCACCAUUCCUGUGUAAGCCUCUUGAGAUUGUUUUCUAAACGAUGCGUUGCAUUCCAGGAUUGAUUCAGUUUACAUGGGAACUGUAAAGCAGGAGGGCGCCUUCGGUCCACAAGACAUCACUUUCAGUGAUAUCCAGGACAUCACCGGUCGUUAUGUGAAACUUCAACCUUCUUUCAAGGUACUUGGACUUUCAGAAACAAAUACCGUAACUCUUGUUUUUCAGAGGGUUCACAUGCUCUCCUCGUUCGUCGGAUACCGUCCGGGCCGCAAGCAAGUUCGCGUUGAGAAGCAGCUCCGUUCAGCCUAUGGCAAUAAACAGUUCACAGUGGUGCAUAACUACGGUCACGGAGGAAACGGCUUCACUCUCGGCUACGGAAGUGCCGUUCACGCUGCUCGUCUGACUCUCGAUUUGCCGCUCGACGAAUACGACGGAAUCGUGCCGACGCCGUUGUCAACCAACUCGACUAUCGCCGAAUGGGUCCAAAUAUUGGACGACUAA